UAUGAACUGUUUUUCUAUUCUGCUCUGCUUUUCCCUCUUCCUUGUCUCAUCUCAGACAACUACUGAGGCAGUACGAGCAAAACAAGAUGGUGUUUAUAUUGUUUAUAUGGGAGCUGCGCCCUCAUCAACUCGUGCCCGAAGAAAUGACCAUGAUCAGCUUUUGAACUCCAUGCUAAAAAGGAAAAAAGAUGUAGUAUACAGCUACAACAAUGGGUUUUCGGGGUUUGCAGCUCGUUUAUCUGAGGAAGAGGCCCGAUCAAUUGCUCAAAGGCCUGGAGUAGUAUCAGUUUUCCCUGAUCCACUCCUACAGCUCCACACAACACGUUCCUGGGACUUCUUGAAGUAUCAAACUGAUGUAGAAAUCAAUUUGAGGCCAACUUCAGGUUCGAAUUCCUCCUCAAAUGGAGAAGACACCAUAAUCGGCAUCAUGGAUACAGGAAUUUGGCCGGAAUCAAAAAGUUUCAAUGAUAAAGAUAUCGGUCCAAUCCCACCAAAAUGGAAGGGAUCAUGCAUGCAAGGCUCUGGCUUUACUUCUUCCAACUGUAACAGGAAAUUGAUUGGAGCAAGGUAUUAUGAUGAUUCCGAAUCUUCAACUUCAUCUGGGUCCCCGAGGGACCAAAAUGGCCAUGGUACUCAUGUUGCAGCCACUGCAGCAGGAAGCCCCGUUGAGGGAGCAUCCUAUCGUGGCCUAGCUGAAGGCAUCGCCAAGGGUGGCUCCCCGGGGUCUAGGAUUGCAAUGUACCGUGUUUGUACUCUUAACGGAUGCAGAGGUUCAGCUAUUCUAAAAGCGUUUGAUGAUGCAAUUGCCGAUGGGGUUGAUAUCCUAUCACUAUCACUUGGUGCAUCAGCAGGCUCAGAGCUGGAAUUCUCAGUAGAUCCCAUUGCGAUUGGAGCAUUUCAUGCAGUUGAAAAAGGCAUUCUUGUUGUAUGCUCGGCAGGGAAUGAUGGUCCUGCCCGCAAGACAGUUGUAAAUGUCGCUCCUUGGAUUCUCACUGUUGCUGCCACCACCAUUGACCGACAAUUUGAGUCAGAUGUGGUUUUAGGCGGAAAUAAAGUCAUCAAGGGUGGAGGAAUUAAUUUUGCUAAUAUCCAGAAAUCUCCCAUAUACCCCUUGAUCUAUGGUCCUUCCGCCAAGGAUUCUGCAGCUUCAGAUGAUUCAGGAAGAACUUGUAUCCCAGGUGCAUUAGAUAAAGACAAGGUCAAGGGGAAAAUUAUUGUGUGUGAAAACUCUGAUGGUGAAUAUUCGCCAAAAGAGAAGCUUCAGACGGUAAUAAGCCAGGGUGGAAUUGGAGUAGUAUUGAUAGAUGAUGAUGCAACGACGGUGGCGUCCAUCUAUGGCUCUUCUCCAUUAGCAACAGUCACCAAAAAGGAUGGCUCCGAGAUUAUCUCUUACGUCAACUCAACAAGGAAUCCUACUGCAACUAUUUUACCAACCGUAACUGUAACAAAGUACACGCCAGCACCAUCCAUAGCCUAUUUCUCGGCAAGAGGCCCUGCAUUUAACACAAGAAACCUUCUCAAGCCUGAUAUUGCAGCACCAGGAGUUGACAUCCUUGCAGCAUGGCCUUCAAAUGUCACAGAAGAUGCAACUGAAGAUGCAGAAACAUCACCUCCUUUCAACAUACUCUCAGGCACGUCGAUGGCUUGCCCCCACGCUUCUGGAAUUGCAGCAACAGUUAAAUCCCAGUAUCCCUCAUGGAGUGCUUCUGCUAUCAGAUCAGCCAUCAUGACCACAGCGAUUCAAACAAAUAAUUUGAAGGCCCCAAUAACAACAAAUUCUGGGGAGCCAGCAACUCCAUAUGACUCGGGCGCUGGGGAAGUAAGCACGACAGGUCCAUUCCAACCAGGGCUAGUUUAUGAGACUGAAAUAACUGAGUAUUUGCAGUUCCUCUGCAACAAUGGCUACGACAUUUCCAAGAUAAAACUCAUUUCACCAGACCUUCCUAAGACAUUUUCUUGCCCAAGCAACUCGAGUGGAGAUUUAAUCUCCAACAUGAACUACCCUUCAAUAGCAGUAUCUGGCUUGAAAGUGAAUGAAUGGAAGAAAGUACUGAGGACUGCAACGAGUGUUGGUGAAGAUGAAUCAGUCUAUACAGCAACGGUUGACACACCUACAGGGUUGGAAGUCCAAGUGACUCCAAAUAAGUUGCAAUUCACCAAAAACAACAAGAAGCUAAGUUACGAAGUGGCUUUCAAACCUUCAGGAGCUGUGAAUGGAGAUUUUUUCGGCUCAAUCUCAUGGACCAACGGAAAAUAUAGAGUUCGCAGUCCUUUCGUUGUAAGUCAGUGACAAACAGGAAUGUGUAGCUUUGGAUAAAUGUACGCCAUGUAACGCUAAUAACAAACCUAAAUCGCAAUCAUAACUUAACAGA